UUGGUGCCCGUUUGUAACGCAAACUUGGUGAUUCUUUCCUUGUUGAGACGGGCUUAAACCUCUCACAACUACGUUUGGUUAUAAAGGUUAACUGUUUGUCAACAUUGGUGCGAAUUAGUCACUGAAAGAGUGAGGGGUACUCUCCCGUAAAAUGGGAAUAUAUUGUCGAAACUGAUGUGAACUUAGCGCAUAUUACCAAAGACAUCAUAGAGAGUGGACGGAAUUUGUUCUAAAUGAAAUCUGCUUAUUGUGCAAGUUCUGAUAAUAGAUUUGCAAUUCAGUUCAAUAGAACAUAAUUAGUUCAUUAGAUAUUAUAGUACUUUGGUAAGAUAAAACUAUUAUUUUGUAAAAUUUGGAAACAGUUUGAAUGGGAAACGCCUGUUUGGAAUAUUCGCUGUUUAUGCGUGGUCAACACCCGUCCAUCUGCGAAGGCUACGUGGCAGACGACAAUUACAAGACAGACGACAGUGUUGUUACAGACGACAACUACACCACCACUAAGACUUUGAGAAGGUUGCAGAAGAAAUAGCACAUCUUGCAAGAAGUCAUGAUGUUCACAGACGAAUUUGGAUUUGAUCGGCAAUGUUCGUAUCUUGCCGAUUUCACAUCGUCUUCAGUCGACUAUUUACGAACAGCGGCGGAGACAUACGAGAAAGUAUGUUGUCCGACGGAAAUUUCCGAACAAAUAGUCCCUGACGACCAAGAUGAUCUUAAUGAGCUUGAAUCAUCACUCUACCUUUUUGCCAACCAAAACAAAAAAUCUGACGAUAAGAACAAGCCAGAAACACAGACAACAGUUCGAAUGUCGCCCGAACUUCGUCGAGAAGAAAACAUUCGACCCAAUUCGCCCGCUGUCAGUGAUAUCUCUGAAUAUGAAGGAUAUCAGAAUUCGGCAAUUCUUGACGACAUUAUGGAAUGCAUACAAACGGUGGACACUGGAGAUAAAAUUGAAAACACGAGCUCAAAUGGUUCAUCACAGGGGAAAAAGACGAAGGAGUAUGAACGUUUGAUGCAGGACGCGGCAGCGCUGCUCUCAGGGAGUGGUCAGAUUCAGCUGUGGCAGUUUAUCCUUGAGUUACUCACUACGGACGCUGGAAGUGGAUGCGCUCGCUGGGAAGGGCCUCUCGGGGAGUUCCGCAUCACCGAUCCCGACCAAGUCGCCAAUAAAUGGGGCCUCCGUAAAAACAAACCAAACAUGAAUUAUGAUAAACUCAGUAGGGCGCUGAGAUAUUACUAUGACAAGAAUAUUUUGACAAAAGUUCAGGGAAAACGAUAUACGUAUCGCUUUGACUUUCGUGCCAUAGUGCGUUCCAGCAGAUCUCUGUCAAGUCUCGCGGGGAACGCCGUGAUCUCAAAAGUUGACGUGAUUCAGCAUCCACCAAGCUCAUCUAAACAGUGCCACAAGCCCCGCAGCCGGUCUGGGGGCAAAUCCACACCUUCGGACAAACACCUGUAUACAGCCAUGGUCCAAACUCAACCUAAUACCAUCUUUGAUAGCAAAUACAAUUCAUACGAACCAAAAUUCACAUCAACAUCAGACGUUAUUUAUCCACCAAACGAUUGCCAUUACGAGGCUCAAAAUGGAAAUACAAUGGGAUGGGUUCCGUAUUAUGAGAAUUACAACAACUACUUUAUCGACGUGCCGGAGACAAGACAAAUGUACACAUUCCAAUAACAAAGCUCCUUGUUUCUAAUGCGUCGCAAAACAAAGCGAGGACACAUAAAACUGUUUCAUACUUUAAUACUAUGUUCAUAUUCAUGUCGUUUCAUAUGAAACAAUAUACAUGAGGGACAGUAUAUGGGAUUGGUGCCAGUAGAUGGGAUCGGCGCCAGUAGAUUAAGAGAAAUGUAAAAAAGUACUGUAAAAAGUCACUUUUAGGCAUGUUUCCUUUUUGCAUGAAGUAAAUAAAACUAUCAAUCACCACUGCAUAUCAAUAUGCGAUAUGUUUUAUGAUACAUGUAAAUCUAAUUGCAAGUAUGAUUUGGUUUGAAAACACAAUCUGAAAUGUUUUAGUGCUCAAGCAUCAUGCUAUUGUAAUUGUUGUUUAAUGUGUUUUUCCAUGCAAUGUAUAUGGUCGAAUCAUUAUAACGCAUUUUGAACAAUGUGUUUAUAGUUAUAAAUGUGAAAAAUAA